AACUACUGUUCAACACUCAGAAUAUUUAGAACUUCAGCAUAAAAGAGAGAGUGCAAUUUAAUUAAUAUUCAAAAUGUUUCAUGUAUACUGGCCCGCAAAUGCAGCUCUAACACUCUUUUUAAUAGUGUUUGUAAUCAUUAUUAUUCUGAGAUUUGGCCCCCGUUUGUGUAAACUACGUCAUACAACCCUGCCAGAUGAGCAUCAGUGGCAGGAAAAAAUUUAUGAGCAAAAAGUGCCUUUUGAAUCAUAUGCUUAACUACAGCACCAAUGAUUACAAUUAGUUUGUUAGGUUUUAUCAAAAAAUAUUUCUUUUUUAUAUCAAUUAAUACUAAUAUUUUGUUACUCAAUCUUUAAAAGUAUUUAUAAUGUAUUUUAAAUGCACAACAAAUAUUCUAAUCACAAGUAUUAAUUUAAAGACUUAAAGCGAAUCUCUACUAUUAGUGGUAAAUUUAUUUAAUAUCAAAUGUUGCUUUAAAUGUUUUAUUUUGUGUUUAUUAAUUUUUGUUUUCCAAGUUUGAAGAUGUAUAAUUUUAUCUACAAUCCGUCCAUUUUAGAUAUUUAUGUAUUUUACCUUUUUUGUAACUUUUGAUAAGUGUUUUUACAACUAUGGGUUAAAUAAACAACUU